AUGGAUGCAUUCAAAUUACUGACGCGGUCGACGAAAUUCAAGUCAGCUGCGCCAUCGGCAAAGCCAGCUGCCCGGCUGCCCUCGUUUGGAAAAGCGGCGAAUCCGCAACUCUUCCGUACUGCGGAGGGUGAAAAGCUUGAAUCCGAACAGGGAAAGAAAAGAAAGCGCGCAAAUGCUACUGCUGAUGAUGAGCACGAGGAAGAUGCUGCUGAUUUGGAUUUCUUCCAUUCCAACAAGCGCUCUGCGGCACCUUCUUCUGGGGCUUCGGCUCCGACCAAGGGCGAGGAUCAACCACCUCAGCAGGAUGAGUCCGAUGAAGAUGAUUCUAUGGAUGAAGUGGAGCGUCGUACUAUCUUAAACUCACACAAAAUUAAGAUUACUGAUCUUCGCGACCUGGAUGAGAUUCAGCCUCAGCCUCAGCCUCUCAAAGAAUCUAAGAAGGAAUCCAAGAAGAAAAAGAAGUCCAAGAAGGAAGAGCCAGCUGCUCCUCUUAGCAAGAAGGAAAUGAAGCGUGCUAGACGUAUGUAUCCGCAGCCGCUGGUUUCUUUCAAGGAACUGCGGUCUAGGUACAAGAUCUCCAGCCGGCUGGCGGAGAAUGUCGCCGCGCAAGGAUUCACUGUUCCUACGGAGGUGCAGCUAGGCAGUCUGCCUCUUUUACUGGGCGAUCCUUCAGUCGCUAUCGCCGACAGCACAUCAGAGCCCGAUCUGCUGGUUGUGGCGCCCACUGGUAGCGGUAAGUCUCUGUCAUUCUUGAUCCCUGUGAUCAAUAAGAUUGUUCGACACCACCAUUCGCAAUCAGACGAGCACGGAAUUCUGUCGGUGAUCGUGGCUCCUACCAAAGAGCUCGCCAGUCAGAUUGUCAACGAGGGCCGCAAACUGGUCGCGGGGACUGGUGUGAAGAUCACUUUGAUGAGAAAGGGCAUGCGAGUGGUUGAGCGAGAUGACGAGGACGAGACCAAUAUCCUUGAAGAGGAUAGCGAGGAAUCUGGAUCGGACGAGGAUGAAGAUGGCGACAAACCGAAGAAAACUCAAAACAAUGCACCCGUCACCAAGAGCGACAUUCUGGUUACUACGCCUUUGAUGUUGGUGAAUUCCUUGUCUGCAAAUCAGACAAAACCCGUAGCCCACCUGCCCUUGGUGCGAAGUUUGGUACUCGACGAGGCAGAUGUGCUCUUGGAUCCGUUGUUCCGGGAGCAGACACUCGACAUUUGGCGCUCAUGCGUCCACCCAGACUUGCGUGUGAGUCUGUGGUCUGCUACUAUGGGGUCUAAUGUUGAGGACCUCACUCGGUCGACAAUCAAGGAGCGCCUGGAAAAUAUCGAACAUCAACCCACCACACCCCACCCUCUGGUCCGCCUGGUUGUUGGGCUGAAAGACUCGGCCAUUCCCAACAUUGACCACCGACUCAUCUACGCUGCGACAGAGCAGGGUAAGCUCCUUGGACUCCGACAACUCCUCCGCCCGGCCGCAGCCGCGCCUGGAGAUGUCAAACUUCGACCUCCAUUCCUUAUUUUCACCCAAACCAUCCCCCGUGCAAUUGCUCUGCAUUCUGAAUUGAGAUACGACAUCCCAACCGAAGCCGGUGGCUCAUCGCGAAUUGCCGUGCUGCAUUCCGACCUCGCCGAUAACCAACGAGCUGAUAUCAUGCGUGACUUCCGCAAGGGUGAGAUCUGGAUCCUCGUCACAACCGACCUGCUCGCGCGUGGUGUCGAUUUCCGAGGUAUCAACGGUGUUGUCAACUAUGAUAUCCCCAACUCCGCCGCCGUCUACGUUCACCGCGUUGGACGGACAGGUCGCGCUGGUCGCGAGGGCGGUAUCGCCGUGACUUAUUACACGAAAGAGGACAUUCCCUAUGUGAAGAGCAUCGCUAACGUCAUUGACGUGAGUGAAAAGCUCCGUGGCGAGAAUGGCGGAAAGUCAAUUCAGAAAUGGCUUCUGGAUUCCUUGCCCGAUCUCAGCAAGAAGGAUAAACAGGAGCUCAAGAAGCAUGGUGUCAAGGCCCGCCAGAUCUCCAAGCAGAUUGGUGGUAAGGGCGAUGACAAGGAGAGCAAGGUUGCGCGUGCCGCCAGAAUCAGUACUAAGAGUGGCUUUGAGCGACGCAUGGAGAACCGCAAGAAGGGUGCUAUUGCUGCCAGUCGGAACAGAAAGGCUGCUGCUCCGAACGAUGGCAAUGUGAGUGAUGGAAGCUGGGAUGGUCUAGAGGAUCAAAUAUUGCAAUAG